AUGUCUAUCAGAGCCACUUCAACCAACAUGCUCCGACGGGCGCUGGCCAGUGCUCGGUCGACCCCCGUUUCCGAGGCUUGCACUCAAACUGUCCGGCCCACGGCAUUCAGCGCAUACCGAAAUGUGUCCAGCGCUUCGCGUUUGCCUACCAUCACAGCUUCAGAGACUCGCCGUCGGCCGACGGUACGACCGCACCAGCAGCCCGUGGUUCAGAAUGGUGUCAACGGCAUGUCCCCGACCAGCAAGCGAACGAUCUUUAUUCAGACGGAGAACACACCUAACCCUGAUGCAUUGAAAUUCAUUCCCAACCACCGCGUCCUUCCCGAGGACUUCCCGACCACUUUCCUCGAAUACCUCUCCCCUCGCUCUACGCUCUCUCCUCCACACCCCUCCCCUCUCGCCGCCAAGCUCCUCGAUGUCGAGGGUGUUACCUCCGUUUUCUACGGCCCCGAUUUCAUCACCGUGACCAAAGCCAGCGACGCUCAAUGGGCACACAUCAAGCCCGAGAUCUUCAGCCUGAUCACGCAGGCCGUGACUGCCGGCGAGACCAUUGUGACGACCGUGGAGAGUGAUGGCUCCGAGAGUACACAGGAGGGUGGUGUCAGCGACUCCCUCACCUACGACGAGAACGAUGACGAGGUUGUUAGCAUGAUCAAGGAAUUGCUCGAGACUCGCAUCCGCCCUGCCAUCCAGGAGGACGGCGGUGAUAUCGAGCUGCGGGGCUUUGAGGAUGGUAUUGUCAUGCUGAAGCUGCGAGGCGCAUGCCGGACCUGCGACUCGAGCACCGUGACGUUGAAGAAUGGCAUUGAGUCGAUGCUGAUGCACUAUAUUGAGGAGGUCAAGGGCGUUGAGCAGGUUAUGGACCAGGAGGAGGAGAUUUCCAUGCACGAAUUUGCCAAAUUUGAAGAAAAGCUGCGCCAGCAGAAGGGUGCCGCUGCCACGGCCGGCUCCUCGAUUGACAGCGCCCCAUAA